GCGGAAGUUCGUGGGGAGGAGGGAGCGCGGGAUUCCUGACGUCAUUCACGAUGGCGGACAAGGAGAAGAAAAAGAAGGAGAGCAUCUUUGACCUGUCCAAGUACCUGGACAAGAGCAUUCGCGUCAAGUUCCAGGGCGGCAGGGAAGCCAGUGGCAUGCUCAAGGGAUACGAUCCGCUCCUCAACCUGGUGCUGGAUGGCACUAUCGAAUAUCUGCGAGACCCGGAUGACCAGUACAAGCUGACGGAGGACACGCGACCGCUGGGCCUCGUUGUGUGUCGUGGAACGUCCGUGGUGCUCAUCUGUCCCCUGGACGGCAUGGAGGCCAUCCCCAACCCCUUCGUGCAACAGGACGGCUGACCUUGGGUCAUCUCGGGCGACCCCUUGAGUAACCCAUGGAUGACCCCACAUCCUGCAAGCUCGGUCAACGUGCGAUGGAGGCGUCAUUUCUUAGCCGUCGUGGUGUCAGUGUUGCCCGUCGAUGGGUAGCCCGCGGUGCGUUUGCAUGGAAAUAAAUGAGACGGGGGACUGGUUUUGUAAUAAAGUUGAUUUUAAUGUUUUUUUAUACUUGCGAACCACCAAGUGUUGUCGGAAUAGUCGUACUUUCCCUGAGUUACUCCUACCAUUGUGGUUUUAAUAAGGUAGCGCUGUGUCGUGAGCAAAACUCGCUAUACCUCUAAUAAAACACCUCCCACGUGGCUGCUGACUUUUCGUACAUUUAUAGGGAUCUGUACUUGCAAUUGUAAACAAAUAAAAAGCUGAACCGUUUUUUUAAGUCA